AUUCAAAAAGUAUUUUGAUUACUGAAGAGAUUACUUUGCAUUUUAUUGUCAUUUGUUUCAUUUAAUAUUUAGUCCUUUCAGAUGGAAAACAUUUAUACAUAUAAAUGAUGCGAUCCAAAGAGCAUUUGAACAGCGGUGAAACACUUUCUUAUGAUGUGUUACAUUCAUACGAGCAGACAGAGAAGUAAGUUUGAAGUAAGUUUGGAGCAGAAGAAAUAGAAAUAAACCUUGUGUAAAUUGUCAGCUUUACGCUAAGCUAAAAUGCUAUUUCUAGCCAUUUUACAUGCACGUGUUACCAGGGACGAUCAUAUUUUUUUAUCAAGAAAAUUCACGUUGGAUCAUAAUUUCUUUUUUUCUAGUAAGACCUUUGAUAUUAGGGCAAAAAUCAUUGCAUUGUUUUCCUGUAAUAAAUAUCUAAAAAUCCUUAAAACAAGAUCAGUUUGAUGUAUCUUGUUUUAGAAACAACACUGCAUAAGAUAUUUAGGUUUUUCAGAGAAUGUAUUUUAACAUGUAUUUUGUCUUACUGUACUGGCAGAGUUUUUAUAGUCAAAACAAGUGAAAAAAUCUACCAGUGCUGAAGAAGUAAUCCAAAGUAUUUAGAAUACGGUACUGAUCUUGAGUAAUCUAACAGAAUACGUUACAAAUUACAUUUGACAGCAUGUGUUCUGUAAUCUGUAGUGGAAUACAUUUCAAAAGUAACCCUCCCAACCCUGCCGGUAAUGCACUGUACAUCCAAAAUUAGAUACAGUGUCUCUUAUUUGCCACAGUUUCGAUGCCUCAGGCUCGCCACUGAGAGGUGCUGUUUGGGUGCGAACAAGCACGACUUGGCGUUCGUUGUCUCACCAUACAAAACACAUAACAACCAAACGCUAGAGGGAGUAGCGAGAGAUUAACGGGAGAUUCAUAGCGUGCGAGUGACGUCACAUGCGGGAUUAUUGUUCCAGUUCUUGCGCGCUCAGCUCCACUUUCAUCUCUCUGAGGUCACUGACAUCGGACGGGAGAUAGACUCCGGAAAAUGAUCACUGUUUUGAGUCGCUUGGAUAACUGAUCGCCUAUCUUUUUCAAGUGAGAAAUGGAGAAGUUGCCCGUUAGAGAGAGAAACACCUAUUAGGUUUAGUAGUGUCUCCAAACUUACAGCACAUCUGUCUGCCUGCAGUAACUUUGAAGUAGGUGCAAGUGGCAAACACUUAAAACGACGUGGACAAAUAUACUGCUCCUUACAAGAGGGUGAGAAAACCAAGUUGCCAUGGGAAACCAGUUAACAGAGAUUGCCCCCAACACACCGUUCCUGCCUAACUACCAGUCCAUGCAUGUUGUGGUCAUCGGUCUGGACUCUGCUGGCAAAACCUCGCUGCUCUAUAGACUGAAGCUUAAGGAAUUUGUGGAAACUAUCCCAACCAAGGGAUUUAACACGGAGAAGAUAAAGGUUCCGGUCGGCAAUGGCCGUGCCAUGACUUUCCAGGUGUGGGACGUUGGUGGUCAGGAGAAACUUCGGCCACUGUGGAAGUCCUACACGCGGCGCACAGACGGCAUGGUCUUUGUAGUGGACUCCACAGAGGUAGAGCGCAUGGAGGAGGCUAAGGUAGAAUUGCACAAGAUCACACGCACGUCAGAGAACCAAGGAGUGCCGGUGCUGGUGUUGGCUAACAAACAGGACCUUCCAGUCGCGCUGGCUGUUUCUGACGUGGAGAAGGUUUUGGCUGUGCAUGAACUGAGUGCCUCCACCCUACACCAUGUGCAAGGGUGCAGUGCAGUGGAUGGGCAGGGGUUACAUCUUGGUUUGGAAAAACUGUAUGAGAUGAUCCUCAAAAGAAAGAAAAUGGUGAGGCACAGCAAGAAAAAAAGAUGAGCAGAACGGGACAGCAUUAAGACACGGUUAUUGUGAAGAUCCUCAGGGGACCCUGUAUUAUCGUAGGAUUUUGCAGCGAAUCCCUGAAUGAAGGAAAUGCUCCAGAUGGCCCAGUGGUCAGGAGAAAACAGAUUUGACCUUUAUGUGACGCACAGUAUUGAACUGCUUCCUACCAUGCCUAGUGUUUGCUGUGCAGCUCCCCUUUGUAAUCAAGGAAUAUGUGAUAAGAUUGAUAGGAUGUAGUAUCACCAGAGUUUAAGCCUAUGUCCUUGCCUUUUUUCUUUGUUUCUUCAAGCAAGAAAGAGACUGAAUCAUAUAGCUUGGCAACAUAUUGAUUUUCUUUCAGAGGAACCUCACAAAGUCACAGUUUUCUUACAUACAGUACGCUAGGUUGAUUGCCAGUGCCGAUUUAAUAAAGGGCCAUAAAUGUUCACAAUACGGUAGCUGUGGAACUGAAGUCUUAAGUUUUUGUUGGAACACUUGUUUGUUUUUACAUGCUGUAAAUAGUUUUUGUAAUGCUGCAGAAUAAAUAAAUUAUAAAUUGUUUUG